ACCAUUCAUUCCCGCCCCUCGAGUGAACGCCAGAUACUUUCUUGAUGGCGACAGGUUUGAAAAGGAAAUAGCAGAACAAUUGUGAAAAUGGACGAUUCUUUUGAUCUACUCAAGUGCAACGAGGACCUGCCUUCCUCACCUGGGUGCCACAUGGAUUAUGAUGACUUGCCAGAGCUGCAGGAGGUGGAGGAGGACCAAAGGUCUCCAGGUUGUUUUCAGGUCAGAGCAGGAGUGUCUCACCAGGAGCUGAGCUGCUCCCCAAGAACCAACUGGCUCACUGAGCUGGCCAACAUUGCCACCAGUCCUCAGAGCUCCCUGCUGAAGAGCGCCCCACAUAAGAGAUCAUCUCCGGUCCACAUCUUUGGCAACAGUAAUAGUUUACAUUCUUACGCCCGUCCCCCGUUAGCCAGUAGUGCACCCAACCCGUCCAGAGGCCAUUUCAGGGAGCGCAGGCGUGUCCGGGCCAGCAGCGAAUCCGAGUCUGGAGUUUUCUCAAUGUCCUCAUCUUUUUCUGAUGAUGAAGACAUGGCCUGGUCGCACUCUUGGCCCUCCACAGCGUGGCAUUGCUUCCUUAAAGGAACCCGCCUGCGCUUCCAUCGUGGUCCUAAUGUGGAGUGGCAGGACGCUGAUGAACUUGGGUAUUCCGACGAUGACUCCGAUGAUGAAUCCAUGAUGCCGGCCUCCUCCUCUCUGAAGGUGGCCGCCAGGCUGACAGAAGAGGUACAGAAAAGAUACGGUUCACAGGGCCUGAAGUUGGUCAGCCACGAAGAGACUGUAUCUUUUGGCCAGGCAGUUCUUAAACUGACCUUUGACCCCGGCUCACCCGACGACAGCCCUUUAACAGCCGAAUGCCGAUUGGAUCACCCAUUUUUUGUCAAAAAUAAAGGUUGGUGUUCCUUUUAUCCGAGCCUUACCGUGGUGCACCAUGGGAUCCCUUGCUAUGAGAUGCAGCUGGGAAACCUGUGCCUGCCACCAAGCCACCCAGAAGCCAUGAACUGCGAUGACUCGGUCGUCUUUGACACUUUCAGAAGUUAUGACUUCACCCCACUCGACUCCUCAGCCGUGUACGUUCUCAGCAGCAUGGCUCGUCAGCGUAAGACCUCCCUGUCCAGCGGGGGAGCCGUCAGCCCGGACUGUGACAAACUGGAGCGCUCCGGCUCCCCACAAGCCUCCACUGGCAAAUCCAACCGGAGCCAGACCUCAGGGACAGCCGCCGGCGCCGCGCCGACUAAAUGCAAGCGGCCCAUGAACGCCUUCAUGCUCUUCGCCAAGAAGUACAGGGUGGAGUACACACAGAUGUACCCCGGGAAGGACAACAGAGCCAUAAGUGUCAUCCUGGGUGACAAGUGGAAGAAGAUGAAGAAUGAGGAGAGGAGGCUGUACACCAUGGAGGCCAAGGCUCUGGCUGAGGAGCAGAAACGACUCAAUCCAGACUGCUGGAAACGCAAAAGAACCAACUCGGGCUCCCAGCAGACCUAGAUGAUCUCCCAGAAACCCCGGCUGUUGGUUGUUUUGACAUUCGGGAAGUGCUGGACGGCGUCUGAUGGACCGCUUGAUGCCUCUUUGCUCUCCCGUAUUUUUGAGACUCAACUUUGAUGCUGAGUUCAUUGCUUUUGUAACCGUGAAACAUUAUUAGAGAAACCCCAGAAUUAUGAACUAUAAACAAAACAUGUAAUCUAGUCACUAACAGCGCAUAUAUUUUCUUAUAUCUUUGAUGUCAAAGUCUUAUUCCCCUAAAAUGAGAAUGAACUUUCUCACUUUUUACAGGUUUCAUAUUCAAGGUUGAAAAAGGAGCGCAUGUCUGUUUAUAAUUGUAUAAAGGGGAUUUUUAGAUGACUUUUUCAAUACAGUUGAAAUGAUUUUGCUGCAAAAAGUAGUAACCCUUUUCAUACACGUUGUAAUACAAUAUAUUUUGCAGCUCAUCUAUUGCCAACAGUUUGUGAUGCUGCCCUGUCAGGUUUUUUACAUUUUAGCCACACAACGAGAGGGCUUUCAGCAUGUGGUGGUGGGUUCAUACUCGGUCACAAAGCACUUAAGGCCUUUGCUUUAAGUGUUUAUUUCUUCCGCACUUUAUAUGAAUAUAUAAUCUCCUAUACAGUAAUUGUAUACUUGUGGAAACCAUUUGUAUAAUACAGCUGGCAUCUUGACAGUAAGCCAUUUGACACAAAACCGCGGCUCAGAAGCUGCGUUCCGCUUUCAGGUUGCUCUUGAAUUUUAAGUGCUUUGUUCAUAAAUGUACAGGUUUCACAGCCUCAACAACCUCUUGCACAAAAUAUCCUUGUAUCAUAUUAUAAAUAAUUUUUUUAAACUCGCAUCUUAUCCAAGUAUUUUGUCCUUUUCAUAAACUGUAAUCACAA